GUACGCGUGAAGGCCCAAACGGAGGACCACCCAAGUGAGCAGCUCCACUUGAGAUGGCGAGCCCAAUGGUGGCCACCCCGGUCCAGCUCCGCACCGCCGGCCGCCUCAGCUUCUGCUCCUCCAGCGCACCGAGGGCUGCAGCGCGGCGAUUCGCGGCGGUGAGGGCGUCGGCGGAGGCGAUGGCGACAGAGAAGCUGGGCAUCAGGGUGGAGCGCAACCCCCCCGAGUCCAGCCUCUCCGAACUCGGCGUCCGCCAGUGGCCCAAGUGGGGGUGCGAGCAGAGCAAGUUCCCGUGGACGUACUCGGCCAAGGAGACGUGCUACCUGCUGCAGGGGAAGGUGAAGGUGUACCCGGAGGGCCACGGGGAGGAGUUCGUGGAGAUCGCGGCCGGGGACCUGGUUGUCUUCCCCAAGGGCAUGAGCUGCACCUGGGACGUCGCCGAGGCCGUCGACAAGCACUACAAGUUCGAGUAGCCCGCCAAGGCCGCAAUCAUGUAUGGUACGCAACAAUAAUUGGUAAUCGCCUAAUCCAAAUAUUUGGAACGUUCCUCGUUCCUACCUACCAGCUUCAUGCUUGUCCUUGUAGACGUAAUGUGAUGCUCCAGCGAGAUGUUAACAGACCAUCUAUUGCAGCGUAAUAAAGCUCCAGAUUAGUGGAAUUA